AUUUCAUGUGGACGUGGAGUUCUUUGCUGGUWAUACCGGUCAGAUCGCACAAAUUAACGCUCACAGCCAUCAUCCAAGCAAGGAUCUUGUGCACAACAACUWUAUCCUCGACAAUGAAAACGUACAAUGUUGUAGCGAGCUCAACCAAGCCGCCGAUUGCAACACUGUUGACUGUUGAGCAUCUCAAGUCUUCUGGUUUGGUUUCUCUUCAGCAUGGAGACUCAACAACCCUGAAAUUAAACGAUAACUUCACUAUUACUGGGGACCACAAUGUUGCUCGUCAUCUUGCAAGGGUUGCUACWGGUAAAGGUCUCUAUGGAAACUCACCACUCCAGGCAUCUGAGGUUGAUCAUUGGCUUGAAUUCAGUKCAAGAUGUCAAGGUAAUGACAYCCAGCYAGAGAAAACCUUACAACAGCUAAAUAAAAAUCUKGCUCCUGUUACCUACUUGGUUGGCUCUUCAGUCACACUUGCAGACUUUGCAGUUUGGGGUAUGAUCAAAGGAAAUGGAAAUCUUCACAACUUGCUCAACAACAGCACGUCAUUCCAGCAUCUAACAAGAUGGUUUAAUUUCUGUUGUUCACAAUCACCAUUCAGUGUUGUAAGCAAGGAUUUGCCUAAAACUGAUSCAGGAAAUGAUAGCGGUGAAAACAUCAUGGGGACUAAGAUGAAGCAAGAAGGAAAGUAUGUUGAUCUUCCAGGAGCUGAAAUGGGAAAAGUUGUGACAAGAUUUCCUCCAGAAGCAAGUGGAUACCUUCACAUUGGUCAUGCUAAAGCAGCGUUAUUAAACCAAUACUAUAAAAAUAUCUACAAUGGUAAACUCAUCAUGAGAUUUGAUGACACAAACCCAGCCAAGGAGAGUUCAGAGUUUGAACAGGUUAUUUUAAAAGAUUUGGAAAUGUUGGACUUCAAGUUCGACAUGUUUUCACACACAUCAGAUCACUUUGAUUUGUUACUUGAAUAUGCUGAAAAGAUGCUUAAAAAAGGACAAGCUUAUGUCGAYGACACUCCCACUGAAACAAUGAGAGAGGAACGUGAGCAGAGGAUCAAAUCUAAAAACAGGGACAAUUCUGUUGAGAAGAAUCUUCAGGACUGGGAAGAGAUGAAGAAAGGCUCCGAGCGUGGCACAAAAUGUUGUGUGCGAGCUAAAAUAGAUUACACUUCAUUGAAUGGAGCACUUCGUGACCCYACCAUCUAUCGAUGCAAACCAGAAAGCCAUGUGAAAACUGGUACCAAAUAUAAAGUAUACCCAGUAUAUGACUUUGCUUGUCCAAUAGUGGAUAGUAUUGAAGGUGUUACACAUGCAUUAAGAACCAUGGAAUAUCACGAUAGGGAYCCACAGUACUACUGGUUUAUUGAAACUCUAGGAUUAAGGAAAGUACAGAUUUAUGAAUUUAGCCGUCUAAAUCUUCAAAAUACUGUGAUGUCAAAACGAAAGCUAACAUAUCUGGUAGAUCAAGGUUACGUCGAUGGAUGGGAUGACCCAAGAUUUCCAACUGUUCGGGGUGUUCUAAGGCGUGGAAUGACUGUUGAGGGUUUGAGAGAGUUUAUCAUCCUUCAAGGCUCAUCCAGAGCAACUGUACAGAUGGAAUGGGACAAAAUAUGGUCAAUUAACAAAAAGGUCAUUGAUCCAGUUGCCCCGCGAUACACUGCACUGAAAAAAGAUACCAUUGUACCGUACAAUUUACCAGGAGCAAAGGAAGAGUCUCAAGAACAGCCACUUCACCCAAAGAAYGCUGAUGUUGGAACCAAAAAAGUUUGGUAUUCACCUAAAGUAUUCAUAGAAGGAGAAGAUGCRGAAACCUUAAAAGUUGGCGAUAUGGUCACGUUAAUGAAUUGGGGAAAUACAAAGGUSACAAAAAUCAACAGAAAUUCAAAAGGAAAAAUUGAUUCAAUUGAUGGUGAACUACACUUAGACAAUAAAGAUUACAAAAAGACGACAAAGUUGACAUGGCUAGGCGAUACGUCCAAUGCACCUUUACUGCCAGUAGUGAUGGUACAUUUUGACAACGUUAUUUCAAAAGCAAUUCUAACAAAGACAGAUGACUUUAAAGAUCACAUUAACAAAAACUCUAAGACGGAGACAUCCCUUUUGGGAGAGUCUGAACUGGCAAAAUUGAAGAAAGGAGAUAUAAUUCAACUUCAGAGAAGAGGAUAUUUUAUUUGUGAUCAGCCUUAUGAACCACCAAGUCGACAUACAGGCCGUGCAAGCCCGUGUGUGUUAUUUUCCAUUCCUGAUGGACACACGAAGUCUCAAGCUCAACCUGCAGCUAAAUCUACCAAGAACGAGAGCAAAAAGAACGAGAAAGGCGGCAAGAAAGAAAAACCAAGCACCACCCCGCAAGCCAAAGCAACUGCUUCUCCUGAGGAAGUCGAAAAACUCAAAGCAGACAUCGCAAAACAAGGAGAUAAAGUUCGUGAGUUAAAGACAAGUGGAGCAGCGAAGGAUCAAGUGACAGCUGAAGUUGCUGCWCUUCUGAAGCUAAAAGCAUCGUAUAAGGAGCUGACUGGAGAAGAUUUUGCUCCAGCCGGAAAAGGAAAACAAGACAAAAAGAAAGAAAAGAUGGGCGAUAAUCAAGCAGCAAAACCAGUGUCUGUUGCGGCGUCGAGCAAGGAAGCUGAAAAACUAAAAGAAGCCAUUACAAAACAAGGCGAUAAAGUCCGUGAAUUGAAGACGAGCGGCGCUGCUAAGGACCAAGUUGAUGCCGAAGUACAAACAUUGCUGAGUCUGAAAGCUCAGUAUAAAGAGCUAACAGGAGAAGAUCUUGCUCCUGCUGGAAAAGGCAAAAAAGAUAAAAAGAAGGAUGAGAAAAAACAGGAGAAAAAAACUAACAAUUCCAAGAAAUCUGAAGAAGCAGCGAAGUCGGCAACAGCUGAUGACGGAGAUUCCAAGAAAAUCACGAGGUUAUGUCUUGAAGCGAAAAAAGCCGAGAACUUGUCAGACUGGUACUCGCAAGUGAUUACAAAGUCCGAGAUGAUCGAGUACUACGAUGUUAGUGGAUGUUAUAUUUUAAGGGCCUGGUCCUACGCUAUAUGGGAAAAAAUUAAAGAUUUCUUUGACGCGGAAAUCAAGAAACUCGGAGUUGAGAAUGUAUACUUCCCAAUCUUCGUGUCCCAGGCUGCUCUUGAGAAAGAGAAAGAUCAUAUCGCUGAUUUCGCUCCUGAGGUUGCCUGGGUAACAAAAUCUGGCCAAUCAGAAUUAGCUGAGCCGAUUGCUAUUAGACCCACGAGCGAGACUGUCAUGUAUCCAGCAUACGCUCGAUGGGUUCAGUCUCAUCGUGAUUUACCUUUGAAGUACAAUCAGUGGAAUAACGUCGUGAGAUGGGAGUUCAAACACCCUCAGCCUUUCCUGCGUACUCGCGAGUUUCUAUGGCAAGAAGGUCAUACAGCUUACGCUGAUAAAGAAGGCGCUUGUGACGAGGUUUACACAAUUUUAGACCUGUACGCCAAAGUCUACACCGAUUUACUAGCGAUCCCCGUCGUCAAAGGAAGAAAAACUGAGAAAGAGAAGUUUGCAGGAGCUGAUUUCACAACUACUGUUGARGCGUAUAUAUCUGCAAGUGGACGAGGAAUUCAGGGAGCAACAUCACACCAUUUAGGGCAAAAYUUCUCAAAAAUGUUUGAUAUAAGCUUCGAAGAUCCUGAUCCCAGUGUCCAACAAAAACGAUACGUGUACCAGAACUCGUGGGGAUUAACUACCAGGACAAUUGGGGUCAUGUGCAUGGUUCAUGGAGAUGAUCAAGGCUUAGUGCUUCCCCCGCGUGUUGCUUCUGUCCAGGUUGUAAUAGUGCCAUGUGGAUUGACGGUUAACCUUUCUGACGAGGAGAAAGACGUCCUGAUGAAACGAUGCGCCGAGUACGAGACGGCUUUGCAAGAGGCUGGCAUACGAGUCAAAGGAGACUUCCGUGAGAACUAUUCCCCAGGAUGGAAAUUCUAUCACUGGGAAUUAAAGGGAGUACCAAUCCGACUUGAAGUCGGACCACGUGACGUCAAGAAUAAUCAGUUUGUUCUGGUGAAGAGAAAUGACCGAACCAAGAAAAUAGUCAAGAGCGAAGACUUAGUGAACGACGUCCAGACAACUCUUGAGAAAAUACACACGGAGAUGCUCGCAAAGGCUCAAUCUGAUCUUGAUGCUCAUUUGGGUGUAACUACGAGUUGGCAAGAAUUUCUGUCUAUGUUGGACAAUAAAAAGAUCAUUCAAGCUCCGUUCUGUGGUGACAUCCCUUGUGAAGAUAAAAUCAAGAAAGAAAGUACAAGGGAAGAAUCAGCCGAACCAGGAGCUCCAUCUAUGGGUGCUAAGGCAUUGUGCAUUCCAUUCGACCAACCAGCCGAGAUCACUUCUGAGUGUAAAUGCGUUUGUCCUGAAUGCGAAAAACCAGCCAAAUUCUACACUUUGUUUGGACGCAGCUAUUAGCGAGCACAGAAUGCAAUCUCGACCAUAUUGAUAUAAUAUAAUGACAGUCAUUUAGGAAAGAAUUAAAAAACCACAUCGAAAUACAGUAUAAGGAUGAUAUGUGUAGCGACUUUGACACCGUCACAACAACUGAGUUUAGAUUAUAAACAAGUUAAUCAAAAUUUAGUCGUGUAAACAAGGACACCAUUGUUGUAUAAAAUACCAAGUCAUUUUA